UUGCGCAGACAUUCCUGUAAGGGCCAGGUGAGGAUUCUGGUUGGCAGGGUCGUGCUUUCAAAGCGAGAGUGUGUUCUGGGACGUCCCUGACACGGCGAGAGCGGAAGGCUUGAGUGGACGAGGUCGGAAAGCAGAGCAGCGCGGGCGAUCGGAGCACUGAAAGUACCAACGGGAGGCGGAGUUCCUGGAGAAAGCGGGAAACCGAGGGGGCGGAGCCCUCGGGUCAGGGGCGGAGCCUCGGACCCCAGAGCCCCGAGCUUGGCUCCCAACGGAGUGAGGGGCGCCCUCGAUCUUCGGGUCCUCGCUCUUGUUGUCUGUGAAAUAGAUCGCGCCUGACUCCAAAAGGAAAUGUCCCAGGCUGCGCCCCGCCCCUCCGGGACUACAAAUCCCAAGGUGCUCGAGGCGACCGCAGCUCUCCCUCCCCUGCGGGACACGCCUCCCUCCAGUCAGAGUCACGUCGUCUAACCUGUUCCCCGGCGACUGCCCCGCCCCGUCCUCCGCUCCCCGCCGCCGGAGCCGGAGCCGGAGCCCGAGGAAAAGCCCCCCCGGUGCCAGGAUCUGCCCCGGACGCGCAGGCACCCUGCUCCGGCCGGCACCAUGGACAGCGAAGCAUUCCAGAAUGCCAGGGAUCUUCUGGAUCUGAACUUCCAGUCGCUGGCCAUGAAGCACAUGGAUCUGAAACAGAUGGAGUUGGACACUGCAGCCGCCAAAGUGGACGAACUGACCAAGCAGUUAGAGUCGCUGUGGUCAGACUCCCCAGCGCCCCCAGGCCCACAGGCUGGAGUUCCCCCGAGGAUGUCCCGGUACAGCACCAGCCCUAUCCCGGAGCAUUUUGGUAGCAGAGGGUCCCCACAGAAGACAUCCACCGAUGGCACAGAGGCCCGUUUUGGACGCUCGGAGAGUGCCCCGUCCCUGCACCCCUACAGCCCUCUGUCCCCCAAGGGCCGUCCGUCUUCCCCACGCACCCCCAUCUACCUGCAGCCCGAUGCCUACAGCAGCCUGGAGCGCGCACCAUCGCCCAGACCCCGUGCCUUCGACGGGGCGGGCAGUCCCCAUGGCCGGGCGCCGUCCCCGCGGCCGGUGACUGGCUCACUGCGCCAGCCGGGCCCUCCGACGCCCUUCGACUACCUGGGCCGCGCAGGGUCCCCCCGGGGCAGCCCUCUAGCCGAGGGGCCCCAAGCCUUCUUCCCAGAACGGGGACCUUCUCCACGUCCACCCGCUGCAGGCUAUGACGCACCGGCUGCCUUCGGGAGCCCCCUGCUGGGCGCGGGUGGCAGUGCCUUCGCCCCGCCGCUUCGCGCACAAGACGACCUGACGCUGCGCCGGAGGCCCCCGAAAGCCUGGAACGAGUCUGACUUAGACGUAGCUUAUGAGAAAAAGCCUUCACAGACAGCAAGCUAUGAACGGCUGGAUGUCUUCACACGGCCUGCCUCGCCGGGCCUGCAGCUCUUACCCUGGAGAGAGAGCAGCCUGGAUGGGCUUGGGGGCAGUGGCAAGGACAACAUCACCAGUGCCACACUGCCACGCAACUACAAGGUGUCCCCUCUGGCCACCGACAGGCGUUCCGACAUGGGCAGUUACCGCCGCUCUAUGGGCUCAGCAGGGCCCUCAGGCACUUUGCCCCGCAGCUGGCAGCCCGUCAGCCGCAUCCCCAUGCCCCCCUCCAGCCCUCAGCCCCGCAACACACUGCGCCAGCGCCCCAUACCCCUCAGCAUGAUCUUUAAGCUCCAGAACGCCUUCUGGGAACAUGGAGCCAGCAGGGCUGUGCUCCCGGGAUCCCCUAUCUUCUCCCGAGCACCCCCACCUAAGCUGCCUUCCCAGCCACCCCCUCAGCCACCCCCCCAGCCCCAACCUCAGAUGCCCCCCCAGUCCCAGGCCCAGCCUCAGACUCCGGCACCUCAACAGACUUGGCCUCCCAUGAAUGAAGGCCUCGUCAAACCCCCUGCCGAGCUGGAGCCAGAGCCAGAGCUAGAGGGGCUACUGGCUCCUGUGCUGGAGGCCGGGGACACAGAUGAAGGCACAGUCACUCGGCCUCUCAGCCCAACCAGGCUACAGCCAGCGUUGCCACCCGAAGCACAGACGGUUCCUGAGCUGGAGGAGGUGGCCCGAGUGCUGGCAGAGAUUCCUCGGCCCCUCAAGCGCAGAGGCUCCAUGGAACAGAGCCCUGCUGUGGCCCUGCCCCCUACCCACAAGAAACAAUACCAACUGAUCAUCAAUAGACUUUUCCAUCGGCAUGGUGGCCCAGGGCCUGGCGGGCCUGAGCCAGAGCUGUCCACAAUCACAGAGGGAUCUGAAGCCAGGGCAGGGCCCCCUGCUCCUGCCCCACCAGCUCCCAUCCCACCCCCAGCCCCACCCCAGAGCACGCUUCCAGAGCAGCCUCAGAGCAUGGAGAUGCGCUCAGUCCUGCGCAAAGUGGGCUCCCCGCGCAAGGCCCGGCGAGCACGCCUCAACCCACUGGUGCUGCUGUUGGACGCAGCGCUGACUGGGGAGCUGGACGUGGUGCAGCAGGCGGUGAAGGAGAUGAAUGACCCAAGCCAGCCCAACGAGGAGGGCAUCACCGCUCUGCACAAUGCCAUCUGCGGCGCCAACUACCCCAUCGUGGACUUCCUCAUCGCUGCGGGCGCCAAUGUCAACUCCCCUGACAGCCACGGCUGGACGCCCCUGCAUUGUGCGGCUUCAUGUAAUGACACUGCCAUCUGCACCGCACUGGUGCAGCACGGUGCGGCCAUCUUUGCCACCACACUCAGUGACGGCGCCACUGCCAUCGAGAAGUGCGACCCUUACCGAGAGGGCUACGCGGACUGUGCCACCUACCUGGCAGACGUGGAGCAAAGCAUGGGGCUGAUGCACAGUGGCGUUGUGUACGCGCUCUGGGACUACAGCGCCGAGUUUGGGGAUGAGCUGUCCUUCCGGGAGGGCGAGUCGGUCACUGUGCUCCGGAGGGACGGGACGGAGGAGACUGACUGGUGGUGGGCGUCACUGCAUGGCCAGGAGGGCUAUGUGCCACGCAACUACUUUGGGCUCUUCCCUAGGGUGAAGUCUCAGAGGAGCAAAAUCUAGCAGGAAUGAAGGACAGUUGUCAAGGAGAAAAGUGCAAGCCGGCCUGCCUCCCACCCGGACCGCCCCGACCCGUCUCCUGCUGAGUUUACCUGCGUCCUAAUCUCCAGGGGGGGCAGCCUGCACCAGAAGUGCUCUGCUCUUCCAGAGGCUCGAGGGAGGGCAGCCCCAAUUUACAAUUAGGAAGCCGUCUUAGGCAUUGGGGUGAGGUGGGGCCGAGGACCUUUGUGGGCAGGAGACCCCAUACACGCACUUGCCAAAUCAGAUCUGGUUCAAAGAGCCCCCUACUGCCAGCAAGCAAGCCACUGUAUUGUUACAGCCGAGCCUGGGAGGGUGACCCACCCCUUCAUUUCUCUCUGAGUCCUUUCCUCCCCCAUUCCUCCCAGCAGCCUUGGGGCCUGGGUGAGGUACAUGGCUCCUUAGCAGGAUGUCUGCCCCACCCCACCCCCAACCAAGUGCCUUCACACCUGUGUGGCUUAAUGUUUAUAAUGACACAGAGAACUGUUUCCUUUAUAAAUAAAGGUAGU